AUCCUACCUCACGGCGGAACGCGCUCAUGUUGAACGGGACCGGCAGCUCGCUCCAAAUGCAGCCAGCGGCGGACCGGCACACACCUCGACCAGCAGCUGCAGUACUACGCGGCCCGUUGCUGAGCUGUUCGGGCAGGCUGCGGCAAUCAAGUCUGCAAAGGAGCUGCCGAAGGUGCUCACCCGCUCAAGGGCUUUCCUGAAAAGACAGAGGUGUCACACACGCGAUGGCCCGCGAUGGCGCAGCCCCGGCAGACCCAGCAGCAGCUGGACCAUCGCAGACACGGACGCGCAAGGUGCCGCCGCCGAGCACCGGGAUGGCCAAACGGCAAACAACCCUAGUUCAAAUGCCGACGGACAAAUUGCCGCCGAAGGCCGUUCCGGCGAUCCCAGGCUGCCCCGCGGGCCUGGAAUACCUCACGAAGGUCGACCACCUUAUCGUCCACCAGGAUGUAUCCCUCUUCAAUACACUCUUCCCGAGCGCGAUGCAGAGCAAUUACAUGGUGAUAAACACCAUGAACCAGUUUGUCUUCCGUGUGACCGAGGACUACAGCUUCUCGUGGCGAGGCAUCGGCCCCUUGCGGCCCUUCCAGAUGGCGCUGCACGACUCCCGCAAUGCCGAAGUGCUGCGGCUUGACCGGCCUCUUCGCUGUGAUUCAUGUCUGUGCUUUUGCUGCCUCCAGACAAUGGACGUGCGCGACGCUUCAGGUGCAACCAUCGGCUCCCUCCGGAUGGAGUUCACCCUGAUAUAUCCAAAGUUCUCAGUGCUGGACAGCGAGAAAAACGCUGUCCUGCUGAUUAUCGGGCCCUGCUGCACGAGGCCCAUCUGUUGUGAGGACGUGGAGUUCGAUAUCGUAACCAUGGACGGCGUCACGAAGAUUGGCACGAUAACGAAGGUCUGGGGCGGAACGUACAAGGAAGUCUGCACCGUAGCCGACAACUUCGCGAUCACCUUCCCCUUGGAUUUGGAAGUGAAGAUGAAGGCCGUGCUGCUAGGUGCCGUCAUUCUACUCGACCGCAUAUACUUCGAGGGCGGAUACUGUGCGUCGUGCCUGUCGUGUGCCUGGGACGUAACCACCAGCAGCUAAAUAAUGUUGACGUCAGAUAAGACACACGCACAAGUUUUCAAGUUACGACACAUUUGACUGCUGCGAAAAAAGAAAAGAUAGGAACAAUGUUUAA